AUGGCAUUCAAUCCAAUUUUUCCUUUCGUUGUUAAUUUUGCUGAUGAGCCAGGAAUGGAUUCUGGUAGUCCUAUUAGGAAAUUAUUCCGUCUUUUCAAGCACAGUUUGCAGCAACAGCCACACCUCUUUGCUAGCACCGAUGUUGGAUUAGUACCGAUGCAUAAUGAUUUAGCUGUAAUCAAAGGAGAUUUUGAGGCAGCUGGGAAAGUUUUGGCAACCAGCUGCUUGUUUGAAGGUCCAACUCUUCAGUGUUUUUCGCGUUUUGUAGCAGAAUUUAUUGUUUGUGACAGAGUGCAAUCUACACUUGAUGUUGAAUGUAUUACUGACCAUGAAGUCAAGAGGAAGAUUUUAAAGAUAUCUUCAGCCAACUCAGAUGAAUUUCAGCAGCUUGUCACAAGUGAAGACUAUAGUUUUCAGUAUGAAUGUGGCUUCAAUAAAGUUAUCAAGUUCUCAAACAAGAGGAAGUUUGUGAAUUGUGCAUUAAUGCACUAUACUCUUUUCAACAUACACUCAGAGCUUACCUCUUUGAGGAAAGGUUUUAUGAAGACAUUGGAUUUUGAUAAGUUUGCUGAAGCUAAUCCUGAGAUAUUGCUAGGUAUACUUCGUUUUCAACCCAACAAGAAGAUUACUGCUUCUGCAUUCAUUGAGCUCGUUAGUCCAACCUAUUGUCCAAUCGAUAGAGCUCAACAAGAGAGGACAAUGACAUUUCUGUUUUCAUUUGUACAUAGCUGCAACUGUGAAGGCAGUCCUAAUGGAGUGUCUGUAGGUGACAUUUUUUCUUUCAUUACUGGCGCUUCUACAAUUCCAGUUGUUGGGCUAGAAGAAAACAUUACUGUCAAAUUCACAGAUGAGAAUUGCAUCCCUUAUGCUAGCACUUGCUCACCAACUUUGACUAUUCCUUACAAGAUUGAGAGCCAAAAUAAGUUUAAUGAAGCUUUCAUUUCUCAUCUUUUGUGUUAUGUUUUAUUCAUUUACUCUCUUCUGUAA